AUGUUUCGCCAGCUCCGCCAGCUUUGCUGCGCGCUGCUCCUGUUGCUGUGCACCGGUGGCGGCCUCGUCAUUGCGGUGCCGCACCAUUGCGUGUUUGAUCUCUUGCCACGGAACGUUGGCGAAGUGACGGGCGGGGAGGAGCCGGCCAGUCCUGUCACUGUGUCCGUGGGCAGUGACUGGGCGCCCCUCCGAAUCAAGGUGUUUGCGGAUGACCUGGAGGGGUUGGGGGGAUUCUGCACCAGGGCCGGGGAGCAUAUAAACAUGUUUUUUGGCAAGGAGAUGGUCUGCCAGGAGGAGGACAUUCUGACGGAGGAGAAGGUGGACAUUCUCGAGAACGUGAUUCUUUCCGAGGCGGCGAAGAUGCACAGCGAGCGUCUGCUGGUGCGGCCGCUGGAUGGCCCGCUGGUCGUGCCGAGGUUCCGUGAGGGCAGUGUUUGCGGGAAGUUUCCAGUGCCGGAGGAGGACCACACGGAUGGGGUGCCCGAUGCGGACAUGGUGCUGUACGCGACUGCUGUUCCGACGUUCAAGCCGACCUUUGCGUGGGCGAUGCCGUGCGCGACGUUGGGCCCGCGAGGGCGUCCUGUUGUUGGCGUCAUCAACUACAACCCGCGCCACAUCGAGAACACGUCGCAGCACAUCCGCGUGGCUGUGCACGAGAUGGCGCACGCCCUCGGCUUCAUUGUGGCGGACAUGGAGGAGCAGGCGCUGGUGAAGCGGGAGGUGGGUGUGCGUGGGAGGAGCAGUGUCCGCGUUGUGAAUUCCCGGAAUACACUGGAGCAGGCAAGGCGCCACUACGGCUGCGAGUCAGCGCCGGGCAUGGAGCUGGAGUUUGUGCCGCCAAUGCGGAAUCCGGCGGCGCCAGGAGGAAGAGGAAGGGGUGCUAGGCCAGGAGAAAGGAGAGAAAGAGGAGGAGGAAGAAGUUUUCCUGAUCUGCCAGGAGGAAGAGGAGGAAGAGGAGCUGGUAGGCUGCCAGCGGAGCCAGUGAGGAGAAGAGCGAGAGAACGUAUUCUCAGGCUGCGUGCGGCCCAACAUAUUUCCGCAUCAACGCAGGCAGCGGCGGACGGAACCCUCUCAACGGGCACCACGCUCACGGUGGUGGAGAAGCAGUGGAGGCCGCCUUCGUGGCUUGGCCUGAUGUCUCACUGGGGACGGCGGAACGCAAAGGAUGAGCUGAUGGCGAGCUUCGUUGUUUCCGGCUACUACACCGCGAUCACGAUGGCACUGUUCACCGACCUCGGCUACUACAAGGCAAACUUCGAGAUGGCGGAGCCGAUGAGCUGGGGCAGCGGAGCCGGCUGCGCGCUGCUGACCGACAAGUGCGUGACGGACGGUGCCACGCUGUACCCUGAUAUGUUCUGCACCGACUCGAGCGACGCCACUCUGCGGUGCACGUCUGAUCGCCAGUCGCUGGGGACCUGCGCAAUUUACCAGGACGAUAACAUCCCACCGGAGUUCCAGUACUUCGCCACCAAGCAGGGCUCCAGGCGAGGGGCCAUGAUGGAGUACUGCCCCUUCAUCGCGCCAAUGAAUGGCACUGGAUGCAUGGAUGGCGACGAGGCCAUCAUGCCUGGGAGCGUUGUUGGCCCGUCCUCGCGCUGCUUGACUGGGGAGAACCUCCGGAUGGGCAGUACGGUUGUUGGUGACGUGUGCGUGCAGUUGAGGUGUGGUGAGGGCACGCUAAGUGUGCGGUACAGGGGCAGCGAGGAGUGGCAUCCCUGUGCACCGGGUCAGACGCUGACGCCCCCGGCGCCAUUCACGGCGGGCAGCAUAAGAUGCCCCUUGUUCAGCGAUGUCUGCCUCACCAUGUUGAAGCACAGUGAUGCGAGCAGCGCUCUGGCGGUCACUUCUGCGCCGCUUCUUCUCCUCCUCAUUGUGAUCGGCACGGUGAUUGUCGCACCCUGA